AUGCGGGAGUCUGAAUUUGAGGUGCUACAAGAAUGCGUCCGAAAGCCAGCCCACUGGGAAAUGCUAACUCUGCUGCACGAACUCCAGUACGGAGAUGACAACACGACGGAGAUCGCUGUGCUGCAGUGCUCGUGUAUGGCAACUCGUGGAGAUGGCGAUACCCUACGUCGGAUUGGCGUCUUGCCACUAGUGAUUGGACUCUUGAAGGACGGCACCGGUAACCAGAAAUUGUGGGCAGCUGAGGUGCUGGUGACACUGGCAAGCCAUAGUGAUGACAAUUGCGUGGCUAUCACGCGUGCUGGGGCGAUCUCACCUCUGGUUGCUCUUCUGCGAUCCGGAACCGAUAUGCACAAGCAGGAAGUGGCCUACGCGCUUGGAAAUCUGGCUGCAAACAACGAAGGGAAUCGUGGUAAAAUUGCCCGUGAAGGUGCCAUUCCACCAAUGGUGGCGUUUGUGAAAGAUGGGACCGAUGUUCAGACCCAGUGGGCUGUGUACGCUCUGAGGUUUCUGUCUCUGAGUAACGAAGAGAAUCGCGUGCUGAUUGCUCAAGAGGGCGCAGCUCCCUCGCUCAAUCUUGCUCAUAAUGUCUCCAACCGCGAGAUAAUUACGCAAAACGGCGCCAUCGCUCCACUGAUUGAGCUGCUCCGAUCAGGAACUGCAAUGCUCAAGCAGCGGGCGGCAUUUGCGUUGGGAAAUUUAGCAUGUGACAGCGAUUCAGUAUCCGAUUUCGACGAUGCAAUAGUGCCACUUGUCGAGCUCGUGCGAGCACGCUCCGAUACUCAGAAGGAGCAUGCAGCUUACACAUUGGGGAACCUGGCCUCCAACAACGAUGACAGACGUGAUGAGAUCGGGCGCAGAGGAGCUAUUCCACCGAGCCAUCGCACCACUUACUUCUCUCAUGGAGGAAGGGACCGAUGA